UUCAUCUUUCUAUUCAUCAUCGGAAGAAAAUCAGCAGUACCUCUCCAAGAUGACCACACCCACUGUCAAGUAUCAGCAGGGCCCUGUUUGGUAUAUAUAGAUACACUGCGAAUAAACAUAAAGGGACAAAACUACUCACAAACAAAAUAUCUCGAGACAACGUUUUCAAAGGUAACAUCUAUAAGUAACAAAAUGGCGAACACAAACAUUCUUUGGCGGAAGUCCGGAGGAAUGAUGACCUGCCUAGCGACCUGUGCCAGAGACAGCAGGUGCGUGUCCUGCUUCCUAGACGGUCAGUCCUACUGCAGUGGACAUAGUGCUAUUUAUAGAACCAGCAGUACCCUACAAGACUCUCAGGGCUUGCAGUACUACGAAGUACAAGAUCCAGCCAGUAAAUUAGGAUGUGUAGCGGUACCAGGGGACACCGGAUAUUGCGUCAAACUAUACGUCACCAAGCUGUCCUGGCCAGACCAAGUGGCGUCGUGUCAGGCUGACAACAUGAGGCUAGCCUCUCUGACCAAAGAUGUCAGGGUCAAUUUUGUCAGAAACUACCUGUUUGCGAUAGGGCAUGCACAGGCCGUGACUGUUGGCGCGUCCCUCAAUUCUGGGACAUGGAACUGGAUGUCGGGGGACAUUCUUUUAUUUAAUUCUCCCCAUUGGGGGCCAGGGGAGCCCACGUCAGGCCCAGGGGAGGAGUGUGUCAUCAUGGCUUACGGUAUUAGCUAUCAAUUCAACGACGGGCAAUGCGGUACACUGAAAUCCUUCCUUUGUGAUCUGGUGUAUAUAGCAGAUUAAAGCCAUUCUGAAUAAAUUCUAUGAUUCAA